GCCCCAUCAUCAUCGUCAUCAUUCCCAACUGCAACAAAAUCAACAACAGCAACAACGGUUACAGACACAAGACACAGGAAUGAGCUUCUUGAGGAUACCCCCGCUGGUGCACUUGCCCAGCGUCACUGCCGCCAAGGCUCAGAAGGAGACAAGCGCACAGGCAGCCGUCGCUGCGCAACAACAGCAGCAGACGGCACUGGUGGAGCUGGAGGACAAGAAUGGCCCACUCAACUUUGUUGGACGGGCCAUCCUCUCAACGGCACAACCACAGGAUCAGGUGCCCUUGAAUGUGGUGCCAAGUGAUGAGCCGUCCUCGGACAACACCCUGUGGUAUCCAAGCGACGACGACGAUUUCACCUUCUCUCCAGUGUGACCCACGCUUCAGGCUCUUGUCACUUGUUAACCGAUGAUCGUCCUUUCCUCCGCUUGCUCUGCGAAAGCCCCCCCCCCCACCUCCCUUAAACACCACACCACCCACCACCCCCUCUGCUUAUCUCGUCUAGCCAUACAUACACAUUGCAAAGGUUUUACUUUCUCUGCUAGCCCCCUCCCCCUCUCCGAUGCACCACCAAAGUCAAUAUGAGAAUGCAAGCAAGAGUACAAAACAGCACAGCCA